UGAAGAUUCAAAAGCACUUCUUCCUUUUUGGGUUCUCUUUCUUUUGCGCAAUAAAGAGAUUGCCAUCGUCAUCAUCACAGUCUUUGAUUACUUGAAUUCAAAAACAGUGUAUUUAGUACAAUUGUCGUUUUAUCAAUGGAGGAGGAGCAGCAUAAGCAAUGCCAUUCUUUGUUCGAGCAUGAGCACGACCCUCUUCUCCUCACUGACGUUUCUUCGCAGCAAAACAGCUCCUUUUCCACUGCCAACUCUCACUCUGACUACACUUCGCUUUGCUCGCAAUUGCAACGCUUGACAAUGGUGGAUCCUGAUUCUUCUUCUUAUGCCAAUGCAAAUGAAGAUUGUUCUGUGGAAAUUUAUCAAUGCACAGAAGUCAUUAGUACACCAAAGUUCGGUGACCCAGUUGCAAAUGACGGUCUUGAUGGCCGGUCCAUGGUAGGAUUUUCACUUACCUCUCCUGAUUUGGUGAUCUGUUCUGGGUCACCCCAUAUACCCCAAACCAGCUAUGGAGAUUCCCCUGAGUUCUUGGAUGGUAAAUUCCAUCAGAAGAUGGAUUCUUCUAUCGAGCUCUCUUUCGAGAACGGAAUCAACGAGUCUCAGGUUACAGAUACCCAUAAAACUCCAACUGUAAAGUUCUCAAACACAUUGUGCCAAACUUUUAAAGAAGAUUUGUCUCCUGAAGCUUCAUUCGAGCUUCUUCCGCCUUCUGCCAUUGAGGACAAGUUGAAGGAAGGUUCCCUUCCUGAUAUAAGCAACAAUGGAGGUUGCACAGAUGAUUUCCUGGGUGGCGAUUCUCAAAUGGAAAACUGCAAAUCACCUGAAGAUAAUGGCAAUGCCAACGUUGAAGGAGACUAUCAUAAGCUGCUAAUAGGGUAUGAGAAACAGAAAAAAGAAUUACAAGAGAUGAGGAAUGCAUUGGAGGAGCUUAAAAAGCAAGACAAAUCCAAGAGUAAAGAGUGCCAAGAAGCUUGGAAGUCUCUGAAGGAACUCCAAAACGAACUUAUGCGCAAGUCUAUGCAUGUUGGAUCUUUGGCUUUUGCCAUCGAGGGACAAGUGAAAGAGAAGAGCAGGUGGUUCUCAUCAUUGAGAGAUUUGACAAGAAAACUUAAGAUUAUGAAAAUGGACCACAUCAAGCUAUCAGAGGAGGCAUUGGCAUAUAAGAAAUGCAUUGAAGAUAUGAAUGAAGUGAGGUCUACUAUUCAGUCCACUUUAAAUCAGCAAGUAAAUUUGCAUAAAGAUUUGAAGACUAAGUUUAUUGAAGGGGCUAAAGAACGGAAAGAACUCUACAACAAGGUGUUAGAGUUGAAAGGAAACAUAAGGGUCUUUUGCAGGUGCAGGCCUCUAAACACUGAGGAAGUUGCAGCAGGAGCUUCAAUGGCUAUUGAUUUUGAAUCUGCUAAAGAUGGUGAGCUCAAUAUUAAAUCAAAUGGGGCUACUAGAAGGACCUUCAAGUUUGAUGCUGUAUUUGGCCCUCAAGCAGACCAAGCUGAUGUUUUCAAAGACACAGCUCCAUUUGCAAGCUCAGUUCUAGAUGGGUACAAUGUCUGCAUCUUUGCAUAUGGGCAGACUGGAAGUGGAAAAACUUUUACGAUGGAGGGCACAGAAGAAGCUCGGGGAGUCAAUUUUAGGACUCUUGAGGAAUUGUUUCGUACGAUUAGAGAGCGAGAAAAGUUAUAUCGAUAUGAUGUAUCUGUUAGUGUGUUAGAAGUCUACAAUGAACAAAUACGAGAUUUACUAGUUUCAGGGAAUCAGCCGGGAGCAGCUUCCAAAAGGCUUGAAAUAAGGCAAGUCAGCGAAGGGAUACAUCAUGUUCCAGGACUGGUUGAGGCACAGGUAAACAACAUGAGUGAAGUCUGGGAAGUUCUGCAAACUGGCAGUAAUGCAAGGGCUGUUGGCUCAACCAAUGCCAAUGAGCAUAGCAGCCGAUCGCACUGCAUACACUGUGUAAUGGUGAAGGGGGAGAAUUUGUUGAAUGGCGAAUGCACAAGAAGCAAGCUUUGGUUGGUGGAUCUAGCAGGGAGCGAACGUGUAGCAAAGACAGAAGUGCAAGGAGAACGACUGAAGGAAACUCAAAAUAUAAAUAGAUCUCUAUCGGCCCUUGGUGAUGUCAUAUCUUCACUUGCAACUAAAAGCUCACACAUACCUUUCAGGAACUCUAAGCUUACCCACUUGCUUCAAGACUCUCUAGGAGGAGACUCGAAGACACUCAUGUUUGUUCAGAUAAAUCCUAAUGAAAACGAUUUGAGUGAGACCCUUUGCUCACUGAACUUUGCAAGUAGAGUGAGAGGGAUAGAGUUGGGUCCAGCAAAGAGACAACUGGACACUUUUGAACUUUUGAGAUACAAACAAAUGUUUGAGAAAACCAAGCUAGAUGUUAAGAGCAAAGAUGUACAGAUCCGGAAGAUGGAGGAAACAGUCCAUGGAUUGGAAUUGAAGAUAAAAGAGAGAGACCUGAAAAACAAAAACCUGCAAGACAAGGUAAAAGAAUUGGAAUCACAACUUUUAAUUGAGAGAAAGCUAGCACGUCAGCAUGUGGACAUGAAGAUAGCUGAGCAGCACCAGCAGCAAAUGAAACAUCAACAAGAGGAGCAAACUACCGCACUAACAAGGCCACCUCUUACAAACCGACCUUUAGCAGCCAUUACAUUGGGAAAAGACCAAGUAAACUCUAUUCAACCACUAAUGGAGAAGACCAACAACAAACCCCCAGUACCACUUCAUACAAUGGAUGGUUUUGUCAAGCAUAUUGAUCCAACAGAGAAAGAAAACAACCCUGAGAUGGCUGAACAAUUUCUUGUCCCAAAAAAAACUGGAAGGGCAUCUAUUUGUCCAAUAUUUCAGCGGAUUCCAGCAACCUCUGCUCCAAGGCGCAACUCUCUAAUCCCACUCCCAAGUGUACCAUACCGUGUCCAAUCCCCACCGCAUGUAUUACCAUUGGCACCAAUAGCAUACGAUGCUGAUAAGAAAGUUGAUGCAGAUGUGUCUGAGACUGACUGCUUGCCUGAACAGACACCUUGUAGCAGUCCUAAAGUAAUCAGAAAUGGAUGCAAGAAGCUAAACAGCAUACUGAGACGAAGCCUCCAAAAGAGAACUCAGAUAAAAUCUCCAAUGCCACCACACAUGAGAAAAGGUGUGAAUGUAGGGAUGGAGAAGGUAAGGGUCUCGAUCGGAAGUCGAGGGAGGUUGGCACACAGAGUGUUACUAGGAAAUGGUAGAAGAGCUGGAACCAAAGAAGGUCAGAAGAAUAAUAGUCAAAGGGAAAAGGAGAGGGGAUGGAAUAUGAUUGGUACAGCAGGGAGAACUGCAAUUAAAAGCUGAAGAUGAUGUAUAUGUAAUUUGUUCAGCUAUGGUCACCAUAGAGGUUAUAUUCUUGUAGCCUGCAGGCAUGGGGAGAGAGAGGGAGAUAGAAAGGUGGAUUAUUUUGGACGAUACUAAUUAUUUGUUUAUUUCUUAUAUUUGAUCAUCUUGAUGCAUCUA